AAGAGGCCAUUGAACGAACUGUCAAUACGUUAUACUUUUUGUUAGGAGAAUGUAGAAACAUUGAUUUUACACGUUUUAAAGUUGUUUUUCUAAGAUUAUUUACUUUGUAUAUGAAGUUUUAGAUAAUUAGCCGUCUAACUGUCACACGAUGGCAGCCACGGCACAUAACGAACUUUCGAUCGUGGACUUGAAGGUGGAGAUUGAGAGACUAAGUCGGGAACUGGACCAGGCCAGCAGCGAGAAGAUCCAAUCGGCUCAACUAGGUCUGGUGCUGCUAGAGGAAAAGAGUGCACUGCAGCAAAGAUGUAACGAACUGGAAAGCCUCUAUGAGAACACGAAACACGAACUUGAGAUCACCCAAGAGGCUUUGAUGAAACUCGAUACAACACAGAAAGUGACCACACAGAGUGGUAUUGAACAGGAAAAUGCACUCCUCAAUGAAUCGGCUGCUAUGGAAAGCUCUCUCACAUUACAAAUCAUUGAACUGGAAGGAGAAACAAAACAAUUGCGUCACGAGCUAGAGCGCGUGGUGUCAGAGCGAGACCGGUUGCUGACAGAGAGCUGUGAGCUGGGCGCGGACAAGACGACGCGCGAGGCGGAGCGGGCCGCGCUGCGGGCGGAGUUGCGUGAGGCGCGCCAGCGGGAGCAGCGUCAGCUGCUGGACAUCGCAGAUCUAGAGGACGAGAACAUCUCGCUGCAGAAACAAGUCUCCGCGCUCAGAUCCUCACAGGUUGAAUUCGAAGGUCUUAAGCAUGAAGUGCGUCAGCUUCGCGAGGAGGCGGAGAACGCCCGGGCAAUGGCAGAGGAGACGGCAGCGCUGCGCCGUAUUGCAGAGCGCCAACUGGCCGAGGCGUUGGAGGCGCUGCAGGCAGAGCGCGAAGCUAAGUUCGCCGCCAAGAAGGAACUCGAUGCCCACCUCAGCAGAGAAGCUGCAUAUAACAUUACUAACCUCGCCUACAGUAUACGAGGUAUGCCAGAUGACAGCGCGGAGGAGGAGGGCGAGCCGGGCGGGUCAUCGUCCGCGGAGCUGGCCACCGCGAUGGGCGACCAUCACGCAGAUCUCUUCUCCGAGGUGCAUCUGCACGAAAUAUCCCGUCUCGAGAAGCAGCUCGAGCAGGCGCACAAUGAAAAUAGCCAGCUGACGGCGUCGAUGCGCGCUGCGCAGGCGACGGCGGAGAGUGAGGGCGCGGCGGCGGGCGCGCUGCGCACCGGCCUCGUGCGCGUCGCCUCACGCGUCACCGCGCUCAACGCACUGCACGCAGACUGCGCACCUGCUGAAGAGAAAGAGGAGAAGACGGAAGGCGGUGUACCAGCUCGGGCAGCGCGGUGGCUGACGUGGUGGCGAGUGUCGGGCGGCGAGCUGAGCGCUCUUGCGGGUGCUUUGGCCGAGCUGAGUGCGGCGAGCGCUGCGCCCGGCUCCCCAGCUGCGCAGCAGCGGCAGGCUCUGGCGCAGCUCAGCGAUCGCGUCGCAGAAGCGGAACUGCGCUGCGCAGCGCUCGAGGCUGAUGCGGACUUGUUGCGUACACUUGCCGGAGGUGCUGGACGUGCGCUGGCGAGCGCUGCACCUGCGCUGACGUCGGCGGCAGAGACGCUGGCGCAGCUGUACCACCACGUGUGCGCAGUCAACGGCACGCAGCCCGAGCGGCUGCUGCUGGAGCACGCCGGACACCAGGACGGUGCGGGUGCGGAGGGACGCAGCGUGGAGGAGGAGGCGCUGGCGCUGGCGGCGGGCGAGCUGGAGGGCCUGCGCGCGGCGGGCGUGGUGGCGCGGUGCGCGGACACGCUGCUCGACCAGCUGACACACCUUCGCGCCGCACUCGACACCGCGCUCGACUCCCGCCUCAGGCACCAGCCUGUGAUGGAGGGCGAGGAGCGAGGUGCGGAAGUUGGCGAGUUACAGGAACAAGUGAUCAAACUGAAGUCUCUCCUGUCUACGAAGCGCGAGCAGAUCGCGACAUUACGCACCGUACUCAAGUCCAACAAGAACACGGCGGAAGUCGCCCUCGCCAACCUCAAGUCCAAGUACGAGACGGAGAAGACCAUCGUCACAGAGACCAUGCUCAAGCUGCGCAACGAGCUCCGGCUGCUCAAGGAGGAUGCUGCUACAUUCUCCAGUCUUCGCGCGAUGUUCGCCGCUCGGUGCGAAGAGUACGUGACCCAGGUGGAUGAGCUGACACAAGCGCUAGCGAGCGCGGAGGACGAGAAGAAGACCCUCAACCAGCUGCUGCGUCUCGCCGUGCAGCAGAAACUCACUCUCACGCAACGCCUCGAAGAGCUAGAGGUGGACCGCGAGAUGCGCACGCGGCGCGUGCCCAAGUCUGCUGGCACUGCACGCGCGCGACCGCGAGACUUCUAGCGGCUCGUGCUGGCGCUGAAGGCCGCCGCGGCCGCCGUGCGCGCGCUGCUGCGCCACGCGACGCGCGCGCCCUGAAUCGCCGGCACAUAAACAUACACUUCUACGAAUUUAUAGUGUCAGAGCGGCCGCGGCUGUCUCAGUGGUGAAGGACGCUCGAACAUCUGACCGCAAGUGCACGGAACCGACCGUUGAAUCUGAUCUACGUGCUAAAAGACUUCCCGAUCGCGUUCAGCAGCUUUGAUAUAAAGCGAAUGCUGAAUAACUAAAUACUGUUGUACUACGUUGUGAUGAACGAUUCGAUUGCAACAGGCCAAUGUUUCGACCUCGAGUUAAUCUGAACAGAUGUUCUAUUACAUUGUAGUAGUGUUAUCGUAUCUUAUGCGUUGUGUUACAUGUACUAGUGUUAGGGUAUCGUUGUGGUGACGGUGACUCGGACGAGCCGCCCGCUAGCGACUCGUCAACGUUUUUUCUAUUUGUGGUUGUAAGGAGACUAAAUUAUUUAUACCUUUUAUAAAUGUAAUUGUAAUUAAUCGUACCAAUAAUGUAAACGGGGCUCCGCGGCACCUGACCGAUGAGCGAGAGCUGUGCGCCGCGCCGCGACCCUCCCCGGCGCCGUGAACCGUCAAACUGUGCGGCGGCGCGCGCGCACACGCCCACAUGCCUGAACACCACGCCCACAAUACAACUCUAAAUGGUAAACAAAAUAUUGAGGUUCGAGUACACUUCACCUCAGCAAUAAACAUGACUCAUUCUUAAUAACUGGCGUUAUUCUAAAGAAAGACUUUAGGCAUAAAAAAUGUAGUAAAAUUUUAAUGUAUUUGAUGCGAUUAGUACGAAUUUAAAUAAUAAGUUUACACGCACUGUUCUUUAAUUAAAGAAUAAUCGCGUAGUUAACUGUUACCUUUAAGUAAUUAAUAAUUAGAAUAAAUUAAUCGUUUUCUCAUCAUUUCAGCCAUUAAAUGUUAACCAGAUGUUAGAGGUGAAGUGUUUACAAGACUAGGAAACAUGUGAGUUUUGUGUUUCUAUAACAUGAAGGGCAGUGGAUGUGGGCAGUGGGUAGCUGGUAAAUCGCCCUGAGGGUGUGCGGAGCCCCGCCCUGUGUAGUUGGUGUUAUAUGACUGUUGACUGAUUUUAAUGGCGAGGAGGAGGCGACCGGGCGGCGAGCGUUGUUGUUAUUGUGCUCCGUCCGGCGCCCACACCUCCCCGCCCCUCACACCGACACCCCUCCGUGGAGAGGUCACGUGAGACGUAUCGCAUUCCCUAUUUUGUCUAUCGCCCUUAUCACAAUAUUUUGAUAUUACCGAAUUUCCUCGUACCUACGUCUACUGCACUACGCCAAAUUAAUGUUUAACGAAUAUUUUUGUAAUUGUAUCGGUGUAUUUUAUUACGCGAACGCAUUCGGUGCCGUCGCCCGCAGGCCACGCCCCUCGCGUGACGGCCCCGCCUCGCACCGAACAACGGAACCGCGCAACGUUAUUUUUUAAUUAUAUACACAUUUAAUAAGCGAUGCGAGGUUCGCAUAGAUUAUACACAUUCUGUUAUCCUUUAUCGAUACGAAUGUCUAGUACGUCCAUGAAAAAAUCUAAAAAAAAACAUAUUCGUCGAUUUCCAUCCAUUGAGUGCGCAAAAGACUAUGUAAUCUGUUCUAGUUGUUAUUCUCUAGUUUGUUGUGUUGUUGUGGCCCUCCGCCGAAUACUUUCGUCCAUCUUGUUCUAGUUAUAUUCGUAGUAUUUCCGUAUUAUUUUUGUUCUGUUAAAGUAACGUCGAGGCCGCUGCGAUCUAUAUCGAACUUACAUAUGGUUCGGUAUCAAAGAAAGGUCUUCCUAUUCCCAGUAUUUGUACUCAACACAACAGAGAGUGCUUGCAAUAGCAACUUUUGGGUCGCAGCCGGCUCGACGCGCUCUGCCGUCCUGUGGCGUCGCCACGCGCGUCCACUUCUUGUCCAAGAGCCGGUCGAGCCUACACACACACACACCGCGUACGUCCACGUACACACACACAGGCAUACAAAUGCAUCACAACGAAAUAGUCAUAUCACAAAUGUAAACGCGUCCUGAUUUGCUCAAAGUUUGCUCACGCGCAGCUCGACCGGCGCUAUAAUGAUAAGACAAAAUUUACAAGAGAUUAUUAAAGUGUUACGAGGUAUUAUUAAUUAUUAUUAUUUACGUUAUGGUAUGUGAUGUUUGCAGCUUCCCGUGAUAAGAUUGCGUGAAACCGGUGGAUGACGUAGUCGUUUAUCUUUUAGUGUCUACUGGACAUAGGCUAGUUGAACCGUUCCAUGUAGCGCGGGCACUCGCCCUUCUUAGAUAUUUUUACUUGUUUAGGAUUAGAUCUAGUUACUACAUUAACCUUCAAGUAUACUUCUUAGGUAGUGACCGAGGCGCCCUCUCGAGGCGCGUAGUGAAAUUAUUUGCAAUAUUAUACUACGUAGGGUAUGUUUCGUUUGGCAUAGCUGGGCGCGGCGGGUCGGCCCGCGACCGCGAGGACCACAGCAUUGCAUUUAUUGUUUCUAGAUCGUAUUACCUAGCUUAUUCGUAGAAUCGUUCUUCUCGUACUUAAACUACUUACAAAUUGAUUAGUAUUAAAAUGUAUUAUUUUUUGUUUUUUUUUCUGACAUUGUUUGUCCUAGCUUAGCAUCAGACACCGACAGCGCGUCAUGUCUAGUCAGGCAGCGUUGUGAUUCAGACGGAAGCAUCAGGGACAUUGCCUUUGUCCUCAAGUCUUUUUUCAUAUGGUCGUUUUUUUUUCAAUGCAUUAAUUACUUUACUCACUGUCAACGGUGAUUGUUUACGCAAUAUUUUGAGUAUUUAUUUUUGCAAUGUACUUUUAGAUUUAGUUAAGGUGCAAUUGACUAUAUGAUAAAUGCGACGAGGCGAGGCUUCGUCGCAUUUUCCCAUAUUAUAAUUUUUUUCAGUAUUUCAUUAGCUUGGGCAAAACCGCCGGAUGCGUCGCCCAGUGGCGCCAUCUGCAGCGAUUAACCAAAUAUUUUCUUUAUAUAGUUUAUAUAUAACAAUUUAGAUGACUUUAUUUGUCUAGUUAUAGUUAUUAUUUUAUAUUAUAGAAGAAUUAUGUGUUAUUAUUAUUUAAAUAUUGUAAAGUAUAUGAUUGUCCGCUACUUUGUAUCGCAGAAUCGAAGCGCUCGACAAUUUGAAGCAUGAAUGUUCCCAUUUGUACUUUGGUUCUAUUUGUAAUUAAUUAGCUGAGUAAUGAGUCGGUUGUUGUCUCGCAUCGCACAGUUUGAUGGUUCACUCUGCACAUCACGGCACCUUACCACCUUCAGUUGCAAGAUGGCCACAUUAUUGUUUUCCAGUUUACAACGGCAGUAUUCAUCAGAUUACAUGUCUUCGCAUUAUUCAAUCUCAUUUAUCGUAACUCAUGAGCUUCUGAAAGUAUAAAACAAAGUUGCCUACAUAUUUAACUAUUUGAAUAUUCAAGGACAGAUGCAAUGAACCGGCCUUGGGAACAUAUCAUGGCUGAACUAAAGCGUAUUUAUUUUCAAUGUAUUGGGUAACUCAGUGUUGUCGCAAUGACUGAUUUGAUUCAUGUAACAGAAAUAAUAAAUGAUAUAUUUAA